GUCAAAGGUCAGACCGGACUGGGCCGCCGAAGCCAUGGGCGCGGAGCAGGAGGAGGAGCGCUUCGACGGCAUGCUGCUGGCCAUGGCCCAGCAGCACGAGGGCGGCGUCCAGGAGCUCGUCAACACCUUCUUCAGCUUCCUGCGGCGUAAAACCGACUUCUUCGUCGGCGGCGAGGAUGGGGUGGCCGAGAAGCUGAUCACGGAGACGUUCAGCCGCCACCAGCAGCUGGCCCAGGAGGCCCGGCGGCAGCAGCAGCGGGCCCGCCAGGAGGCCGAGCGGCGCGACAAGGCCCAGCGGGCCGCCCGGCUCGCCGAGGAAGCCCGGCCCCCGGGGCCCCAGAUCAAGGAGCUGACGGACGAGGAGGCCGAGAGGCUGCAGCUGGAGAUCGACCAGAGGAAAGGAGAAGAGAGGCGGGCGGCGGAAAAGGCCCCGGAUCAGCCCCCCGACGGCAGCGCCGGCUCCCCGGCCACGCAGGAGACGAAAGACGCCGCCGAGGACGAGGACGAGGACGAGAAGGACAAAGGGAAGCUCAAACCCAACGCGGGCAACGGGGCCGACCUCCCCGACUAUCGCUGGACUCAGACCCUCUCGGAGCUGGAUCUGGCCGUGCCCUUCGGGGUGAGCUUCCGCCUGAAGGGGAAGGACGUGGUGGUGGACGUCCAGCGGCGGCGGCUGCGGGUGGGGCUGAAGGGGCAGCGCCCGCUCAUCGACGGCGAGCUGUUCGGCGAGGUGAAGGUGGAGGAGAGUUCCUGGCUCAUCGAGGACGGCCAGGUGGUCACCGUGCACCUGGAGAAGAUCAACAAGAUGGAGUGGUGGAGCAAACUGGUGGCCACCGAUCCCGACAUCAACACCAAGAAGAUCAACCCGGAGAACUCAAAGCUGUCGGACCUGGACAGCGAGACGCGCAGCAUGGUGGAGAAGAUGAUGUACGACCAGCGGCAGAAGUCCAUGGGGUUGCCCACCUCGGAUGAGCAGAAGAAGCAGGACAUCCUGAAGAAGUUCAUGGAGCAGCACCCAGAGAUGGACUUCUCCAAGGCCAAAUUCAACUGACGCCUCUCCUCCACCCGCGUGGGUUCUGGCUCGGCGGGGCCCCAGGUGCCCGAGUCUCUGGGAAUCCGAUGUGGGGGAGCCCCCUCGCCUCUGCCCGUGCCUCAAACAGGGUGGGGGGCCGGAGCCCAGGCCCAGCCGGCUGGGGACCCUCCAUCCCCCUUUGCCUGUUACCAAAUUAAACUUUUGUCUCGUCUCA